GAUAUUCCUUUAUCAUUUUUCAUGUAUGGACUGAAUCCUGAUCAUAAUUGUAUGAUCCUCAAUGCAAUUGAAGAAUGGCCACCAACAAAAUGGAAAUGAAAAAAUUUGCUAAGCCCAAGACAUUAUGGAAAAUGAGUUCAACCAGUAAACCUUUAUCAACUAGAGGUAUAGAAGUCAGUCCUUUGAAGAAAUUCACUAUUCCAAAGAUCAGGAGGACAACUGAGAAAGUUUACUUGUCAUCUUGUUGCACUAAUACUAGGGAGUAUAGUUUCAUACAUGACAAUUUAAAGCAAUGCAGGCUUGAUGUAAGUUGUGAUCUACAGGCCACAUGGCAAUUUGGGGAUACAAAACUAAUUCACAAUGAGCAUCUGGAAAAAAAAUUUACUGCUAAGAGGUCAGAGAUGCGUGAGAAUGGAAGGCAUGGCAGAGAACUUGAAGAACAUUUCUGCUUUUUAGCACUUCCUCAGAGUGACAUGGCAGAGAUUUACCAGAGCGGGAUAAGUACUAAAGCAUCGACAUUGAAGAUACUGGGAAAUCCCCUUCUGGGAAUUUAUAUAUUUAGACAUGUUGAUGUUGCCUUGAAUUAUGCUCAUAGUCGAAGCACUGCUGUGGAAGGUAUUGUAAUUUUUAAGGUUCUCUUUGGAAAAGUGAAGAAAGUUCAGCCUUCUGUGGAUAAAAACAAAGUUUCUUUGGAUCCUUCUCCUAACUUUGAUUGCCAUAUGUCAAAAACUGUACCUUCUGUGAAAGAUACCAUUGAGCUACAAGCCUACAACUCUGCAGUAUACUUCUAUGAAUAUGAUAUCUAUUCAAAGCCAGUAGAUAAGCCAAGGCAGUGUCUACCUUAUGCGGUGGUAACAGUAAAAUUUAUUGGUCAAAAAAUAGAUAAUGGACACCUUACAACAUCUUUAAAAGUCCUGACACCCAGACUUACUCAAAGACCUGAAAGAACAUGCUCUCUGAAUAACUGUACAGUGGCCAAAAGAAUUGGAAAAGGAAAAGAUGCUACUGUCAUUUUUGAGCACUUUGGGAAACCUGUAGAUCCAUUUGUUGAUGAAAGCUGCUUAUACAGUACAUUAAAUUCAGACAUAAAUCUUCCCAACUCAGAUACUUCUAAUUCCUAUGGAAAUGUGCAAAAUGGAAACAUUUCUAAUUUUGACACAUAUAGUGGACAAUCAGAGAACAGUUCAGAAAUCAGAGACACUUCUCAAGUACAUGAUUCAAGUCUGUCUUUUAUGCCCAGAGAAAGUGGUAAUGAAGACCUUUUGUUAAAUUUGACAUACCUUAAAAGUAUUUUAAGUAGUAUUUCUACACCUGUUCCUCCACAAAAUAAUACUGCCUCAAGUACAGUUAUUACUUCAAAACUCAUUAAAGACCCACGAUUGAUGAAGAGAGAAGAAAGCAUGGGAAAGCAGAGUAAUAUUACAGGCUUAAGUGAUGGUGUACCAAUUGAUAGAAAUUUAGAUCACGUUAGCUCAGAAAUAAACCUGUCAUCUAUACCAACAGUUUCUGCCUCAUCUGAAGUUGUACCUAGUGGUGAUACUAUUCUUGCUAAUUGUCUGGAUACUUCUUGUUUCACAUGUUCUUUCGAAGGUUCACAAUCUCAGGCUCGCAGCAUGAUGUCAGAGAACUAUGAUUGUAUACCAUCUAAUAAGAAUGUCAUAGUAGAACAGUAUAACGAUCAAGGAAAAAUUUAUUUCCCAAUUUCUUUGUCAAAUGUAGUUUCAGAAGUUGAGAACCAAAAUCACAGUGAGGAGAAAGCACAGAGAACCAAAGAGAGAAGCACACAAAACAAUGAAUCAUAUAACUAUUAUAAAUCAGUGAAUACUUGUACAAGAGAAUCUAAGGAUCACAUCUCUCAGGAAUCACAGGCUUAUAAUUUCAUUACUAUGCAUCAGAUUGGUCAUCAGAUAUCCACAGUUGCUCCACUCCAAAAGAAAGGAAGCAUAGAUGAAUACAUUGAGAAUACUGGAAAAAUAAGAACCUUCAUUGACUCAGAAGAUAGUUCCAAACAUGAAGGAAGACAAACUUGGUGGAAUGAAACUAAUAAUUAUCUUACUAAUGAAACAAAAAUCAGUCCAAUUGAUAAUUGCCUUUCAUUGCCCCAAGAAUACAGGGAGGAUGAGAGGCUUGAUUCCUUAGUGGACAACUAUGAAAAUACAUUAAUAACUGAAGAAGUAGAACUGUCAAAAUCUCCCAUAUCUACCAAAAAAGAUAAGGAUAAAGUAGAUGACCUAGCAUUGCAGUUAGAAAGUAAUAGUACUCCAAGUAUAGAAUGCCAUUCCCCAAAGCAUCUUCAACACUUUUUAGAGUAUGACAAUGGAAUUCAUCAAAGUUUUACCAUUGCUCAAAAGCUGAUAGAACUGAAAUUGGAAGAAAGAGAUCAAAAUUGUUUUAACAUUAUUACGGAUGCUCUCCAGGAAGCAAAAGACAUUCCCCAGAUGAAAGAACUACUUGUUGAUACAGUUAUUUCAUCUGCAGUUGAAACUGCUCUUGACAGUUCAGAACGUAGCACAGCUGAAGAAUGUAUGUCUGUCCAGAAGAAAACUGAAAAUGAGACAAUGUCAUUAGAAAACAUUCAAAAAGAUUGCAACGAAACUCUUAAUAUUGAAAAUGAAUACCAGGAUCAUAUUCUCUUUUGUAAUGCUAAUUUAAAUGAUGACAUAUACCUGAAUAUUAAAUUUAUAGAACAAGGCGAUAAUGAUAAAGAAAAUCAAAAUGAAGCUAGAGAAGAAUAUGUUUCAUGUUCAGAAAACAAUAUAGAGCUGUUAUAUGAGAGUGAGAAGCAGGGUUUUCAUACACACAAUUUUUUCACUAAUAUCAGUAAGAAAGUAGAUAAUAAAAACUACCAAGUAGAAAUGUCAAGUCCUAAAGAAUUUUCUGCAUUUAAUUUGAUUUGGAGAAAAAGAGGUAUAUCAGCAGAAACUGGUUUACUAAAGAACAAAGAUGAUGUAAUAAAACAAAAAGAUACACAAAAUGUUGGAAAAAAUGUAGAGAAUUUGGCUUUCACAACAGUUUCUGAAAAUUCAACUGCUUCAUUAGAUGUCUCAAAUGCUGCAGUACAAGUAAGUAGUACUACUAUUUCUACAUUAAGCACAAAUCAUGAAGAUCACCAGAAAUUCCUGUUGAAUGAAACUUGUAUUUCUAAGAGUCCCGAUUUUGGUCUGUUAGUAACACAUAAGGCUUCUGAUUGUGAAAUUUAUAUGGAUAAAAGUAAUUCACAAGAUUCCUUUUAUCCAGCAGUGGAUGAGAACUUAUUUCUUCAAAAUUUUGAAUUGGAAAGUGAGAUUGAAAUAGAAACAGAAGAGUAUGAUGAUGCUUUUCUAUUUCAACAAGGUAUACAUAGCCAUGGAAAUGUUCUUUAUGAUGAGGUUGAAGAUGCAUAUGAGAUACUGAAGUCUCGUAUUGACUGGGAAGGUCUCUUUGGAAGCAGUUUUGAAGAGAUAGAGGCUUCCUUCACAAGAGAAAAUAGUGACCAGCCUUAUUUAAAGAAAAAUGGUUGUGUUUAUUCCUCUACCCCAAAAACCACAAGAGAGCUCCUGAAUCCAGUUCUCCCAGAUCUACAAAUUAGAAUUACUAAUAACUUAUUUAGGCCAGGAUUUAAUCAUACUGAUGAUUCUCUUACAAUUAAUGAUAAUUUUUACAAAUGUAUAAAUGAAGUUACAAAACCAGAAAUAUAUGAAGAAAGAACUCCAGGAUUUGAAAUGUAUUCCCAGCCUUUGGAUGAAAAUUCAAGUUACUCCUGUGAAAAUAAACUUGAUGAUUUAAUGCAAGAUUCAAGACUUGUGAGUAAAUUUCAAAUCUCUUAUUCAUCUAACUUGAGUCACAGCAUUCAUGUGAAUCAUGCAACAGAAAAACCAAACAGUGAAUUUUUGUCUACUGAACAUUCUAACAUCACACCAGUAAUUGAGAACAAAUGUUCCUCUACAAAUUCAAAAAAUUAUGACUUUACUGAUACUAGAAAUAAAGGCAUGGAAUCAAGAAUUAGCAAAAGAAAGCUAGCAAAUAAAGAUUUACGACACCAUGAAAUUUGUGGUAAAAAGAAGAGGCAAACUAGCCAAGACUCAUCUGAACAUUUCUCUUUAUUAUCCCAAGGACGAAUUAAAACAUUUUCACGGUCAGAAAGGAAUAUUAGGAAUGUCCUGGAUAUCCUAAAUAGUGAAGCAUCUUUAUGUAAAAGCAAACGUCUUUCCAGGAAACUAGACAAAGCUGUUCUUCAUUUAAAAAAAGCUCAUCGAAGAGUUCAUACAUCUUUACAACUUAUAUCUAAAGUGGGAGAAAUAAAAAAGGGCCCAUUACCAAAAGCAUAUGCAAUAAUUUGCAAUAAUUUCUGGGAGAGUUGUGACCUUGAAGGUUAUAGUUCUGAAAGAAGGUUGUAUUCUAAGCACUUUUUCUCCAAAAGGAAAUGUGACAAACAUGGAGAAAAAAGAGCUAUAGGAUUUGACACUGAUAAAUCAUUAGUCCAGAUGUCAAAGCACAGGUCUAAUAAAACAAAUGGAGACAGAAUCCUGGAGUGCUUUUCAAAGAAAAGAGUGGCCAGUAGUGUGUCCAAAAGUCACACCAGUGUUGACAGAGAACUUUGUGAUCAAGAACAACAUCCUGAGUCACAGUUGCUCCUCUCCUCUACCUCCCAGAGUACAAGUCAAUCAGAAUGUGAUGAUAGCAGAAAUCCAGCAUCAUCAGAUCUUCAUCCCUUUUCUGAAAAAACUGAGUAUCUGCUUUACCCAGAUGAGAAAAUAACUGAAAAGGAACAUGUUGACAAAAAGUUAUCCAACAGUAAAUAUGAAAGUCUUGAGAACCAUUCAACACAUGGUAAUAUAAAUGAUGCAACUGAAAAUAAUCCUGAAACCAAUGCAGAAAUAAAUGAAAGUUACUCAGUGUCUUUAAGUUGCAUAAAGGAAAAAAAUGGAAGCUGUGGUACUGACAAAAAUUGUGAUACACCUUGUAUAGCUCACACAAAGGUGAAAGCUGACAUUAAGGUUACUUCACUCUUAAAGUCAGAAAUGAAGCAUGUUCUUAAUGCUGAUGUCUACAAACAAGAUGACCUUACUUUAUCUGGUUGUAAAAGAAAUGAAGUCAUCUUUCCUGUAGUAGAAUGGGCAGCUCCUAAUGAGAGUUCCACAUCAAGCAUUAUUACAGGAAUUAUGGAUCCACUAAACCUGAGCUUGGUAGCAGGAAAAAAGAACAGUAUUCCUCAGUUUUUAUCUACCACUCCCACAAUAUAUAGUGAAGGAGAAUCUUCAAAGUCUGCUUUGAAUAAGCAGAUAAUGUUUGCUACAGAUCCUAUAAUGACACCACCUAACGUAUCCCACUGUCAGAAGAUAUGUGAUAGAAACAGUCUUGUAAAGACAAAAGAAUUCUCAAGUAAUUGUUUCCACAUAGACAUGAAUGAAACAAAUGUUCUUCCUGAGCAUCCUGAACUGGAUCUAAUGCCAGUAAUUGAAGAAAAUAAAUAUGAGGAAAACAUGAAAAAGCUAUCUUCCAAAGAUGAUCUGCCUUUAAAAUGUAAUGUAAAGGAUUCUUCAAAAACAUGUGUUGCACAGAAUGACAUUCAGGACACAAAACUUAGGAAAGAACAAACAGAAAAGGUAAUUUCAGUUUACAAAAGCAACAUGUAUGAAGGAUCACCUGUUAGGAUUGAAAAUCAAAAUCAAAAGACUAAGCCAUCUCACUUAAGUUUGAAAACAAGUAAAUCGACUGAUUCUCAUCCAUUACUUAUGAAUAAAAUUCCACAGGCAAUCUCUUUGAAUAACAAAGAUUCUCAUCAGCCUAAAGGAAAUAAAGAAGGGAAAAUUAAAGCCAGUAAUGACUUUCAGUCUGACUGUAUUUCCAAACCAAGCAUUCUAAGAACUAAUCAUAUGCCUAUUCCACAUACCCACUCUGAAACCUCGAAAGAAACUAUUCUUCAGAAGACACCUAUAUCAUAUAUGAGUCAGUCAAAAGAAAAGCACUCAGAUAAUCAUACAUCUUUUAUAGCAGAGCUAUCUCAAAUUUUGCAGAGGGCCGAUGAAGCAUCAUCUUUGGAAAUGCUUGAAAAGGAAACUAAAGUUUGUCAAGAUAUUCUUCCUUUAUUUGUUGAAGCUUUUGAAAGAAAGCAAGCAUGUGCACUUGAACAAAUACUGAUUUCAAGAGAAUUGCUUGUAGGACAAAACUUGUGGAAUAAUUGUAGGCACAAAUUAAAACCAUGUGCUGUUGACACUUUAGUAGAACUUCAAAUGGUGAUGGAAACCAUUCAAUUCAUUAAAAACAAAAAAAGGCUCUUAGAAGGUGAACCAACAUUCCGAAGCUUGCUUUGGUAUGAUGAGACAUUGUACAGCGAGCUACUUAGCAGACCACGUGGCUAUCAACUGCAGUCCAAUUUCUAUCCUGCUUUUCAAGGGAGAUUAAAAUAUAAUGCAUUCUAUGAGUUGCAGAGUUACCAUAAUCAAUUAGUUGAGUUGCUGGCAGAAACAAAAAGAGAAAACAGUUCAUACUAUGCAUUCUUAAAAUACAAACGACAGAUUAAUGAAUGUGAAGCCAUAAUGAAACACCGUUCUGAUUGCUUCGACUUUACUCUUUCUAUUCCAUUUACCUGUGGAGUUAACCUUGGAGAUAGUUUAGGAGACCUAGAAAUCUUAAAGAAAAGUACUUUAAAGCUGAUUGAUAUUCAUGGGGACUCUCCUAAAGUUCACUCAUAUACAGGAAAACAAGACCAUUUCUGGAUUAUCAUAGAAAUGAUUGCCUCAAAAGUUAAUUUUAUCAAGAACAAUGAGGAAGCAAGUAUAAAAACUUCUCUUUAUGGUUUGGAACAUAUCUGUUUUGAUGCUGCGAAGAAUCUUGUUUGGAAAGAGAAGAGGUACUCUUUCAGUAAAAACUCACAAAAGAACAAAGAGGUGCUCCUUGAAAUGAAUGAAUGUGCUUUUUCUAAGCUACAGAGUAUAUAUGAUACCUUGUCUAAUGGCUUAAACAAUGAACCAACUUCCAGUAUUGGGCUCGAUGAAGAUACUGUAAUUUUUUCCAGAAAAUCAGAUGAUGUCAUUAUGACAGAAAACUCUAGCCUUAACAGUACUUUGUUCUCACGCCCAGAUAUUUGUUGUAUUAGUGAAAUACUGGAUCAAGCUGAAUUUGCAGACGUAAAGAAAUUACAAGAACUCACUUUGAGAUGUACAGAUCACUUAGAAAUUUUAAAAAAAUACUUCCAGAUACUGCAAGAAGAUAACAUAGAUAAUAUUUUUAUCACAGAAGAAAAUAUUUUGGAUGUGCUGAGAAAUGACAACAAGGGGGCAAUAAUUUUAAAACCUGCAGCCAUUGAAACAUAUAUUGAAAUUGUCAUGCUCUCGGAAACAGUUCACUUUCUUAAAAACUCAAUGGCAAAGAAAUUAAAUAACCAGAGAUUUCGAGGUAUGCUUUGGUUUGAUCUGUCACUUCUUCCUGAGCUGAUUCACUGCCAAGAAAAGAUGGCUUCAUUCUCAUUUCUUAAUGAAGGUGCAACAGGUUGCCUUUGGAAAGUGAUAGAGACUGCUAUUUCUGGAGUUAUGGAAGACCUGGAUAUUAUCUAUAAAUAUAAUGGAGCUGUUAAUUGUUCAUAUGCUCUUCACUUGUUCUCAAGAGAACUUAAUGAGCUUUCAGAAAUUAAAAAGCUUGUGGUAACAUCUAAGUAUUCCAUUUCCACAUAUAUUGACUUUGUGCCAUGUAUAGCAUCCAUAAAUUAUGGAAACACUGUGACAGAGUUAGAACAUAACUACAGUCAGUUUUCUAUGUUACUCAAAAGUACAAUGUCUGUCCCUCAAAAAGAUUUAGGAAAAGUAGCUCAUAUUACAAAAGUCAUGAAAACAAUUGAAUAUAUGAAGAUUAUAUGUGCUAAAGAUGCUAAAUUAACCACUUCAUUUAUUCUUCACCAAAUACUACAUAACAGAAAGGAUACAUCCCAACUAAAGAGAAAAGAAAAGAUAAAUGUUGAUAUUACAAAACGUGAGGAAAAUAUCAAACCCAGUACUUCUUUAAAAACCCCCUCAAUUUCAGAGUGUCUAAUGAAAAGCAUGUCACAUCCCACUAAGAAACGACCUAUCGCUAUAGAUAAAUGUGAAGACUCUCAGGAAAAUGAGACUGCUACUAAAGUUUCCAGUUGUAAAAAGCAAAAGGUUAGCAUGAAUGAUGUAACAAAAAUCAGCAGAAAAAUAGCAGCAUCUAGUUCUCCAAGGAUUACAAAUUUUCAGUCCAAGAGUGAAAAUGAACCAGGAUCAAGUUUGAAAAGAAACUAUGUAUCUUCAAAAAAAGAUGAACUGAAAAAAUCAGUAUCUGGCUCACUUUUACCUUUAAAGAAUCUACAAGAGAAUGGUACAUCAAAGUCAGAAAGCAAAAUAGAUUUGACAGAUAGUUCAUCUGAUGUUUCAGAAUACCUCGCUGGACAACAGGAAAACUUAAAUUCAUCAGUGGUUUCUGAGGCUUCUCUCCAUUCUGCCAGGGAUAUCUAUACCAAUCUGGAUUUGAAUGAUACAAUCCUUGAACAUCAAGACAAUAAGAUAAUAAAUUUAUCUAUUAAAGAUUGUACAAGUACCACGUCUCCAGAACCCAUCUAUAUUCAGAACAAAAUUCCUGUUCUACAAGUAAAGAAAACACAGCCUGUAACAACUGAGUCUCAGCAUAUGAAGGAUAGAUUGAAUCCUAGUACAGUACCUUUUGGAGCAUCUAGGAGCUCAAUUCUUGAUGUUAGUCACACAGCAGAAUACUCUUUUUCUGAACGACAAGAUGAAGAGCAUCCUAAAACUCUGGAUCAGACAGCUGACACAUCCUGGAACGAACGUGCACAAUCUGAAUGCACCUCAAUAUAUAAUUCUUCUGAGUACUCAUUUGGGACUUCAUAUCCGUACUAUGCUUGUUAUGUUUAUCAAUACAGCAGCAGCAAUGGCAGUGCCAUUACCCACACAUACCAAGGAGUAACAUCAUAUGAAGUACAGCCACCACCACCUGGAAUUUUUACUACAAUUACAAAUACUGUUCAAAACACACAUUCUAGUCUUCAGUACUCCCAGUAUUUUAGUUACUUUGCUGAGCAGCCACAAGCAAAUGCAUUUGUAUUAGAAAAUGGAUACUUUCGACCUCAGAUGCCUAUUUCUUACAAUUUUCAACAACCUGCUUUUUCACAAUAUGCUUCUUAUCAACCAUUACCACAAGCUGCGUACCGAUGUCCUCCUAAUGCAGGUGCACUUCCAGAAGUUCCUUGGACGUACAAUUCAUGGCAAGAGAAAUCCUUUCAGCCAGGACAUUGAAGUAAAGGAUAUUGAACGCAUUUUUCCAAGUAUUUUUACCUAUAUAUUUUUUAAUUUGAUGUUUUUAAAUAUAUGCAAAUAUUGUAUAUAAGUCAUACAGCCCUUUGUAUAAAGUGCAAUAAUGUUCACAUAAGAUAAUGGGGAAUUUUAAUUCCUAACAUCUGAAAAAAACAAAAUUAUAUCGGCAACUAUAAAGGAAGUUAACUCAGCAUCAUUCAAUAUUAUUAAGGUUAAAUGUCAGUGGUAAAAGUCUUCAAAGCAGAGUUUUUAUUUUUUAAAACAUUGUUUAUUAUGUGACUUUUUUGAGAUGAAAAUUAGGAAUUCUCAGAUUAGUUUCAAAGUAAUAAUUUGAUCAUUCUUGACAAUUUACAAUUCUGUAUAUGGUUAGCUCUUUUAAUUUCAGUAUCUUAUUUUUACUCAGAAAAAAAAUUUGGUUGCAUAUUCUCAGUGUCUCCUGAGGUAGAGAUAUUUUGAACCUUUACAUAGGAAGCAAUUUUAGUUGAUUAAUAUUGAAAUUGAAGUACUUUUUAUGUCUCCACAAGAGCCCUCUCCACAAGAUCUUUUGUAUUUGUAUUUCACAAUUUGAAUGGUUCUUUUAGCACAUAAAUAGGGAAUAUAUUUAUACACACUUAGCCAUAAUAGUGUUGCAUAAAUAACAAGUUUUUAAUGUUCUGGUUUUAGUUUUUAUUCAUUUUCAACAUUCUGCAAAAACGCUUUAGUAAUACUAUUUACCAGACAACAAGAUAUAGGCUGUAACUAGUGUUGAGCCCUGCCUUGUCCAUACAGAACUUUGUUCAAGAAUCAUUCCUCUUUUAAAAUCUCAGAAAAAGCCUUCAUAACUGAGUAAAUGAUAGCUACCCCAUAAAAAUCAUAAGAAUUUUACUUUGGCUAAAUCUAACCAGUUAGCAAAAGUUUGCAAUGUUUUUCCCUCCAACUUCUUGUUGGAGGAAUGCAUUAAGAAGAAAUGCUUUAUAUUAUCUGGCACAGGUCUCUUCAAAGAGAGUAUAAUGAAAAUAAUCAAGAUUAUUGUUUACUACAGACUCAUUUUCAACUCAGAAAGACUCUUGAGAAUCAACAGGUUGUCUCUUCAGUCACAUUAGCCAAAUAGCAUGGAAUUCAAAAAAACUUAAAUUUGCCAACAUAUGCAGAACUUUGUAAUGAGAAAAUAAAAGCAAAACAGUAACUGAAAGAAGUGGGAAAUUUGGAAAGAUGACAGAAUUAUGGCAGCCUUAAAAUAAUGUAAUUUUUCAGUUGUUGUAUUUGAAAAUAAUCUGUCAAAGCCAGAACUCCUGAACCAUGGACGAAAGUGGUCAUGUUAUCUGUUAUUCAAGAAGUGACUUUGUCUCAGCCAUUUAGUUUUUUUGGUUAUGGAAAGAUCACAGUUAUUUAUUUAAAAUGUGGUAAGCGAAAAGUUACACACUCAGAUACUCUUUAACAACUUUUAUAUUCUAUUGAUAAUGCCUUUGUGAUAUUUGUAUUUCACGGGUUUUAAUUUCUUCAAAAAUUUGUUAUCUUAAAUAUCAGUUGCAUUAAAAAUCUGCUCUUUGACAAAUUAUGAAAAACUAGAGUGUAUUCCUGUUUUUCCCUCAACGACAUGUUUUCUAAAAAUACAAGUAGAACAAAUCAAAAUUGAUCAAACAGUAUAAGCAAAAAACCUGCUUGUUUGUAAAUUCUGUUUUGGAACUUGAAGAAUUAUUUGAAUAAACUAAAUUUUCUCCAA